AUGGCGCCCAUUCUUCCGACUCCCUCUCUUCCUCGUCGCUACUGCCCUCUCUCUCCUGCUGCUGUCCCUCAUCCUUUACCCCUCCUUCCCCUACCCUAUGCGUCAUCCGCUCCCCUCUCUCCCACAUGGACCUCUCCUCCUUUCUCGUUUCUACAGACUCCCCAACGUCGCCAGUCCCCUGCCCCCCCAUCGCCUUCUGUCGCGACUCCUGGUGCUGAUGCUUUUCCCUCUGCUCUCAGUGUGAGCAUGCCUUCUUAUGCUAGCAUUCUUGGUGCUUCUCCUCUCAUGGACCCUCGCUCUGCCGUCCCCCCCCCCCCCCCCCCCCCCCCCCCCCAUCCCGUCGCGCGUGCAUUGCGCUCCCGCCGCCGCGCGCGUUUCGCACCGUCCGGCAGUGCGCGCGCCUGCCUUUCCUUGCGGCGCGCCCUGCCCUUCCUCAAUCCGCCCCCCCUCCCUCACUCUCCUCCUCCUUUCCUCUCUCCUUUGUGCUUCCCCCACUACCUCACCUCUUCCUCCUCCCAUUCUCUCUCCUCAUUUGCUGCAGCUCGCAGCUACUUGUGUUCCCUCUCCACUAUCUCACCCCUUCCUCCACCUCUUUCCUCUCUUCAUCUGCUGCUGCUGGUAGCUGAUUGUGUUUUGUAG